AGCUAGCACAAGCUUAAUGCAUUGUUGCUUUUCCCCUUCUUAUGUUUCUUUCUAUCAAGUAUUAAGUUUGAAGUGCAUAUAUAUAAAAGCCCACCAAAUGCAAAUCCUCUAUUUUCUUAGUUCUUCCCCAAAUUAUAGCCAACAUCAGAUUUCCUGUUGGCCAAAGAUUCUAAUGGCAGCAGCAGAUAACAGUUAUAAAGUUGAAUAUCAAAGUGUCCAAAGACGAACAGCCAAUUAUAAGCCAAAUAUCUGGAAACCUGACCGCCUUCAAUCUCUCACUACUGAUUUCUGGGAAAAGGAGUGCAAUAAAAAGAGAGUCCAAGUGCUGAAAAAGGAGGUUGCGUGCAUGUUUUCCGAGGCUAAUAAUAAUCCACUGUUGAAGCUGGAACUUGUUGACCAUAUAUCAAAACUAGGCCUAAACAAUUACUUUGAGGAGGAAAUUCAUUCAGCUCUAAAUGGUAUCAUCAUAUCUGAUGGAAAUGAACUUUAUUCUACUGCUCUGUGUUUUAGGCUUCUCAGGCAUUACGGUCAUAAUGCAUCCGAAGAGAUGUUCAGAAGCUUUGUGGAUGAAGCCGGAAAGUUCAUGACAGGCAAAAACGUGAUUACUCUCAAAGCAUUGAUUGAGCUAUUCGAAGCUUCAAACAUGGGCAAGGAAGAAGAGAAUAUUUUGAAGGAAGCUAGAUUGUUCACCGUCCAAAGUUUGAGUUCUUUUGGAGGCAUUUCACACUGCGAUUUGUUCACCAAACAGUUAGUGACUCGUGCAAUGAGGCUUCCAUGGCAAUGGGGAGUGGCGUGGUACAAUGUCAAGAAACAUAUCAAUGCAUAUGAAAAAGGGCACAAACAAAACACUAAAUUGAUUGAGUUAUCAAAGCUUAAUUUCAAUUUAGUGCAAGCCUUACACCAAGAAGAUCUUAAGGAUGUAUCCAGGUGGUGGAUUAAUCUUGGAAUCAACAAGAAGUUGAAUUUUUCCAGAGAUCGAAUAGUGGAGAGCUUUCUGUUUGCCGCAGGAGUUGCAUCUGGAGCUCAACAUGGAAGUCUAAGAAAAUGGAUGACUAAAGUGAUUAAGCUGAUUUUGAUAAUCGAUGAUGUUUAUGACAUCUACGGUUCAUUGGAGGAACUCGAAUGCUUUACCAAUGCCGUGGAAAUGUGGAGCCCUGGAGAAGUUAAAGAUUUACCUGAAUGUAUCAAGAUAUGUUUUUGGGCACUCUUCAAUACUACACAAGAAAUUGCAGUCGAAAUUCAACAAGAAAAAGGGUGGACUUCGGUGUUACCAAAUCUGCACAACAAGUGGGCGGAUUUCUGUAAAGCAUUGCUCCUAGAAGCGAAAUGGUACCACCAGGGUUACACGCCUUCACUGGAAGAAUAUUUAGAGAAUGGAUGGACAUCAUCAUCUGGCCCUUUGCUAGCUCUGCUUACAAUCCUUGGUGUAGAAGAUGGAAGAAUGAAAAGAGAUGUCGCUGAGUUCUCGAAACCUUAUUGGGAUAUUACUUACCAUUCCUCACUCAUCAUUCGUCUUUGCAACGAUCAAGGAACAUCUGCGGCGGAACUAGAAAGAGGAGAUGCAGCUUCAUCCAUCCUAUGUUACAUGCGAGAAGCAAAUGUUACAGAAGAAGCUGCAAGGGAGCAUAUCAAAAGCUUGAUAAUUAGGUCAUGGAGAAAGAUCAAUGGCCAUUCUUAUAACACCACCGGUUCAUUUGUGGAAGAUGAGCCAGCCAGAUACAUUAUCAACAUUGCAAGAGCUGCCCACUUUAUCUACCAAAAUGGAGAUGGAUUUGGUGUUCAAGACGGCGAAACUCGAGACCAAGUACUCCUCAAUUUAAUUGAACCUCUUCAAAUUAAUCAACUGGUCGAUCAAAUUCACUGUUGAUUUGGUGGUCACAUGCCCUUUGCCUGCAUAAAUGCCAUCUUCUAGGGAAUUCCAUAUGCUUGUACUAUAUUAUACUGCCGUCAUUUUGUUCUCAACUCUUGAACGUCUUAUUGUACAUUUUUUUUUAUAUAUAUAAU